AUGCUCAGAGCUUGCAUGUUAGACUUUGGUGGUAGUUGGGACAAGUAUCUCUACCUAAUAGAGUUCGCUUAUAAUAACAGUUUUCAGGCCACGAUUGGGAUGGCCCCAUACGAGGCACUGUAUGGGAAGGCGUGUCGAUCUCCGGUUAAUUGGGAUGAAGUCGGAGAAAGAGUUCUCUUGGGACCGGAUUUGGUGCAGGCGACUAACAGUGCCAUUCAAAAAAUCAGGGGAAGCAUACAAGUCGCACAGAGCCGUCAAAAGAGUUAUGCAGACGUCAGGCGUAGAGAGCUCGAGUUUGUGGUAGGCGAACGGGUGUUUCUUCGUGUGGCACCCGUAAAGGGGAUUUUUGCGAUUUGGGAAGAAGGGCAAGCUCAGCGCAAGAAGUACAUUCAUGACCCCUCACACGUCUUGGACCCUGAACCAUUACAACUGGAUGAGUCCUUGUGCUACGAGGAGAUACCCGUCAGAAUUUUGGCAAGAGAAACCAAGUUGUUGAGGAACCGGACGAUUCACUUGGUUAAGGUUUUGUGGAGGAACCACCAAGUGGAAGAAGCUACUUGGGAGCGGGAGGACGAUAUCAAGGCGAGAUAG